UAGCCUCUGGAGCAAACAAAAUCAUGGCGAGUUUGCUCAUUCCUCGAAGGCUGAUCCCUACACGGAUUUCGUCCGUUCUUUGCCGAAAAGCGUCGUCUUUCUUCACGGAAGAAUACACUCCACCACAACUCGACCAUGUUACUGCAGACUGGGAUAAACUUUACCAGCAAAGCAUCCGAGAUCCUGCGACUUUCUGGGGACAACUUGGAGCAACGCGACUGGACUGGAUCAAGCCUUUUGAUAAAGUGAUGGAUGUUAAAAUGAAGAUAGGGUGGCAUAAGUGGUUUGUAGGAGGAAAACUGAAUGUUUCAGGUUAAUAGAUCUUCGUGUUUGAUUCUGAGUAUUUCAACCUUAAAUUUUCAAGAGUUGUUGUUGACAAAAGCAAAUUGUAAGGGUAGGGAAGGUAUGACCUCAUUUUAUUGUUCCACGCGACCACGCCCUUGGUGGAUUUCAUGGAAAAAAUCCCACAUAGCCCUCUACAUUUGUUUUGUUGUAUUUAUUUUCUUAUUUUAAACACUCUGCUUAUUGCUGGUUUGCAACUGAAGUCAUAGUGGCCAUACUGAUGGACAAGAAAAAAGCUCCCCUUCCCCCUCCUGGAAACUAAAUAUUUUUUAAGCAAAUUCUGUCAAUCAAUCAAUCAAUAUUAUUACCAAAGCAGUUAGUCAAACACUUAAUUAAUCAUUCAUUUUCAAUUUCCCAAUUGCUAUUUUCAACUCAGGAGAGCACAAUGUGCUAUAAAUUUGUGAACCUUCUCACUACAUUGGUAGUCAAAUGUCUCAGGGCUAAGGAUAGCCUCAGAAAAAACCCAAAAUUUUUCGACCCCACCAACAUUUUCUCUGGAAAAUGAUGUCUGAGAAAAGUACGCGGAGAUUCCAUACUGAUGACGUGUCCCUACCCUGACCUGGGUAGUACUAGUGAUUGGAUAAAAAUAUGCCUUAAGCAAUCAGAAGCACGAUUUAGAUCUGGGUAGUGACAGACAUGGCAUCAGUAUGGAAUUUCUGUGCUCAUUCCUCCUCUGGUAUCAUUUCACUGUUGGUGAGGUCACAAAAUGUUGACUCGUUUUGCAGGCUAGGCUCAGGAUACAGGUUUUUUUUUCCCUACAGUAAACUGUGUUGAUAGACAUAUGAAAGCAGAUCCUGAUCGCUGCGCUCUGAUCUGGGAGAAGGAUGAGCCAGGGGAUGUUGAGCGAGUGACCUACAGGUAAUCUGUGAAGAGUCUUUGACUGUGAUAUUAGGCUAUUUAAAAAUGUUUGUCCAUCCUAGUAGUCAUAAUGCAACUGGAAAACUGAACACAGUUUGUGUACUUAAUAUCCUCCUAAAGUGAGCACCUUUCUUAAAUGCAUGGACACCUUGAUCUUAUGUCUUGAUCUUAUUUCCUUAUGCUCUGGAGAACAGAUAGUUACAUCAAACUUAGAGGCACAUAAUUUAUUUAUCUCUAACAAAGACACUCACUCCUGGACAUCUCUCUGAAAAGGAUGCCUGUCAAGAAUAGAUACCACUCCAACAGAAACCCCUCCAGUCUUCAAGUUGUACACUUCUCUAAAGUGUUCUGUUACCCAGAAUGUUCUCCUGCCCAGGUUUGAUAUCUCUCUAAUAUUAACAACAAUGAAGGAGAUUUUUUUACCCUGGGCACAUCCCUAAAAUGUAUGCUUCUCCAAGAUGAACACAUCGCUUAGAUGGACACUUCUUAAAGAUGGACAUAGUGCUAAGGUGGACACUUCCCCAAGAUGGACAUGCGUGUGUCUGUGAAGAUGGGCACUUUUGAAAAAUGGAUAUCUCCUUGAGAUGGACAUCUCUAUAUGAUGGACACUUCUCUGAGAUGGGAACCUCUGUUAGAUGGAUACAUCACUAAAAGUGAAAAUGAUUCGAAGAUGGACAUCUUUAUCAAACAUUGAGGCCUUUCUAAGAUAGAAUCCUCCCGAAGAUGGACGCUUCUUUGAGAUGUAAAUCUCUCUCAGCCAGACACAUCAAUAAGACGGAAAUCUCUCCAAGAGUGACACUUCUCUGAGAUGGACACCUCUCCAAGAUGGACACCAUUCAAAUUGAACAUCUCUGAGAUGGAGACCUGUCUGAAAUGGGUUCCUCACUUAAAUGGUCUUCUCCUUAUUUUGUAGACAUCUCAUAGGAUAGGUACUGUUCUAAAGUGGACUCCUCCCUUUAUAAGUUCAUCAUCUGCCUAAGAUGGGUACCUCUUUGAGGUAAACACCCCUCUGAGAUAAAGAAAUGAAUGCAGCACUAAGCGACUAGAAAUAAAGGUUUUUUGGUAUAACCGACCAUCUUUUUAUUUUUAUUUACAGGGAGUUGUAUGAAAUGGUGAACAGAUUGGCUAAUGUCUUAAAAGACCAUGGUGUUAAGAAGGGAGAUGUAGUGUGUAUUUACAUGCCAGUAAGUCCUUUAGCUGUGGCGGCAAUGCUGGCUUGUGCAAGAAUUGGAGCUCCUCAUAGGUCAGUACUUCUUAAGUCCCCCUUGCACCUCAUUUUUGAAGGAUUCUGUAUUUAAAAUGAUGUCCUGUUCUAGAACCAGGUUAGUUUUUAAUACCACAUUCCAGGAAAUUCUAGAAAACAGAAAUAUUUGGAAGGUGGAUAUUUGAUUGAGAGUCCAAGAAUCUUUACUUCUCUAAGUGAAGGGGAAUGCAACCCCCAACCCCUCCCCCGCCCCCCCAAUUCCCCGAGCAAAUACUUUAUUUUUAAACAUCCAGAACAUAUCUUGCAUUGUUCUUUGCAUGCUAGUCAUGAAAAAAAAAAAAACUUUAUUAAGGUGUCAAUGUAUUACACUUGUUGAGGACAGGACACAUUUUUCAUGUCUCUAGUGUGGAGACGGGACCACUAUUUUAUUGUAGAAGUCUGCCACCACUAACCCUCUCUAUAAAGGUCUGUCACCUUGGUGCUAAGGCAACAUUUUAAGGCUUGCAACAGCAAGUAUAGUAUUAUGAGCAAUAUUGAGCAUUGAGAAGAAGGUGAUCGGUGAAUUAAGGUCAGUAUGUUUUUUUCAUUUGUAGUGUGGUAUUUGCUGGGUUUAGCUCAGAUGCACUGGCUAGCAGAAUUGUUGACGGUAAGAUCAGGUUCUGUUUUUGAAGUAUAGUUGAACUUUUACUAAAAGCCAUCUCUCUACAACGUUUACCUUGAUAGAUCUCCACAAUAGCCAAGUUUUUUCCCUGGUGGACAAACCAUAUAUACAUUCACUUUUGUCUUAUUUUCUCUACAGUGGUCACCUCUCGGCUUUAACCUUGGAUCCCAGGGUGGCCAUUUUUGAGAGGUUCCACUGUAUAAUGCUUUAGUUUUAGUACAGGGAAUAGAAAUCAGACAAUUUUGGCUGCAUGGGAAUAGUACACCACUUUCAUUAGUCUAGAGCAGGUAUUGAGAAGGAAAAAGAGUAGUUUCCUAGUGGCACAAAACCACACCACACAGAAUUAUUUUACAGAACAGACCUCAUUGUCCCUCCAUUCCUUGAUAUUUUGGACUUGCUGUUUAAUACAGUGUACUGUUUUUUUUCCUACCAUUAUGAUUUUUGUUAUGACAAUAAUAUGCCCUCGAUAUUGGUACUAAUAAUAUUAGAAAUGACUAAGGAAUUUAUUAACAAAGGGUAUAAGUUGAAAAAAUAAAUUACCACGAAUGGAUGUAAAGCUUGCGACUAAUAAUUGAAUUUUUAAAAGUGUCUUGCUUUUUUUUUAAAUAGCAAAUGCAGGAACGGUCAUCACAGCAGACCAAAUUGUAAGGGGCGGGAAGUGCAUUGAUUUGAAAACAGUGGUGGAUAAGGCAGUGGCAGAGAGUCCUUGUGUAAAGAGAGUGUUUGUGGCCAGCCGUACAGGAGCUGAUGUACCCAUGGGAAAGAUUGACAUUCCUCUUGAAAAGGUUAGCCUUUCGUUACUGGUUGCUUUCUUAUUUCAGGGAAUGUUAAGUGGGUAGAGCUUGAGCUACUCUGAGUUCUUGUUAUUGUUGUCAAUCAAAAUUAUUGCCGUAUCAGAUUCACUUGCAAGCUUAUUAAUUAAACCUACAUACAGACUGUAAUGGCAGAAAGGUCAUCUGUAAAAGAGGACUUUUUAACAUGUGCAAAGGAACUGAGUCUAAUAGUAUAGGGAGGCUGAGACAACCAAUGCUAAUACAAGACUUUCCAGUCUUUCACAGUCUGCAACCAGAAAUCAAAGGAAACGAUAAUUACAAAGCAAACUAACAAUGAAAUUUUUGCUGAGUAGGAUUUACACAUCAGCAUUAUCAAGGUAGAAAUAACACAUUACUUGUCUUGCAACUACUUGUGUUUAAAGUCUGCCAUAUUUCUAGGAAACUAAUGACUCCCAAAGGAGAAUGUUUGCAGACCUGUGUAGAUCUAGAAUAUUUCCUAAAUGAGUGCCAAAGGCACAAGCAUCUAGGGGGGUCUGGGGGCAUGCUCCCCCUUGGGAAAUUUUUAUUAAUUUACCUCCCUAAAUUCCCUUUUCUGGGUUCAGACAGGAUAUUGACCAGAUUUCAACUUGGAAAGUUUUUUAUUAUUAAAAAAUAUAUUUAUUAUGAAAAAUCUGACUGAUUUUUGUAAAAUGGUGGAAACCGGUGUGGAUCCGCACCUGAUUUGUCUAUUUGAACGUCAUGUCAAAGUACUAAUGUGUCUUACAUUUAGUUGAUUUGAAUUUCUCCUUAGGAAAUGAGCAAGCAAUCAACAGAAUGUGAUCCAGAACCAAUGGACAGUGAAGAUGUCUUGUUCUUACUGUACACUUCUGGAAGCACAGGGAAACCAAAGGGUGUGGUACACACACAGGCUGGGUACCUUCUUUAUGCCAAACUAACUCAUAAGGUGUGAUUGCUGCAGAUAACUCCUGGCUUAAUUUAAGCAUUUUUUAUUCUGUGAAUUGGAUCAAAAAUUAAUGUUGACUUUUGAAAACUUGUCUUACAUAAGCUUUAUCCCCUCCUAAGCCCAGCUGUGUCCAAAUGCAGACAACUUCAUCAGAAACAACCAAAGAUUUAUGUAAACAAAAUUCUCAAUAAUUAUUGUUUCCUCUGAAGCAUGAUAGAAUGCAUCCUCUCCCUACCCCAAGAUAAUAAAGGAAGCCAUGAAAAUUAACAGAAAAAGUUACGAGAGUACGGAGAAAACCAAACCGCUGGUGAGGUUCGUCUGCAAGCCAGCACCAAAAUCCUUGUUGUGGGCCCCCAACUGUAUGCCAGGAUUUGAGUGUGUGAUAUGAUUGGCCUGUUAAAAAGCCAUUGUUUAUUUGCUAAUCAGGUUGAAGUAAAAUUCAAAAGGCACUUCCAGUAAUUUGCUGAGUCCAUUGGGGCCUAGGGAAAGGAUCUCAGUGCUACUAAAUUGCAGAAAAUACUUGCCAGGUUUAGAUUAGUCAGUUAUACAGCCAGGUCACUAUAAUCGUCAAAAGUGUUAUACUUGUUGUAAGAUGCAUUUCGUCUCUUCCCUAUUUCGUAAUUCCUUAUCCAACUCCUUAUCAUGUGGUUAUGUACGUCGUGUAACUUAUAUCAGUGUGAAUGAAUAAAAUAAAUAGAAAAAAAGUAUGUCUGCGGCACAAACCCCAAUUGCAAUAUUUUGUCAAAUGCCAGCAAUCAAAUGUUAAUCAGCGUUUUUUCUCUGUAGUAUGUAUUUGACUACCAACCAGGAGACAUAUUUGGUUGUGUGGCUGACAUUGGCUGGAUCACAGGCCAUAGCUAUGUAGUGUAUGGUCCAUUAUCCAAUGGGGCUACCACAGUUCUGUUUGAGAGCACCCCUACGUACCCUGACCCAGGUCGCUAUUGGGAGAUGGUGGAGAGACUAAGAGUGAACCAAUUCUAUGGAGCACCAACAGCCCUGCGACUGCUACUUAAAUCCAGUAAUUCUUAUGUGACAAAGUAUGACAGGUCAUCACUAAAGCUCCUUGGGACAGGUUUGUUGAUAAGAUGCAGCCAGAGCUGGUUACAAAGACGUGUAAUGAUCUUCUAAACUUGUGAGUCUGUGGGAAACCCUAUAGCAGGACUGUUCAAAUGGAGCAGUUCUUUCCUUUGGUAUUCUUUAUGGUCACAAGGUAGUCCUAACAUUUGAGUCUGGGGAUAAAAUCCCUUAGUGUGACUAUUCAAAUGGAACAGCACUUUCUUAUGGUACUGUUUACGUGACAUUAUAAUCAUGUACAACGUGAUUUCUUGGUUGAAAUCCUGAAGUGUGACCACUGAAAUGAAAUUUAAGGAGCAGUACUUUCUUGUGGUUCUGCUGCAUUGGGAAACGUCCGUAUUUUUUAUUUAUUAUGUUUCCAGACCAAGAAAUCAGAAAUAUUUUCAGUAGAGUGAACAGCGUUCAACGUGACCCUUUUGUUUUUCAUUUUAUAGUUGGUGAACCAAUUAACGCCGAGGCAUGGCAUUGGUAUCAUGAGGUGGUGGGAGAGAAGAGGUGUGUUAUUGUGGACACGUGGUGGCAAACUGGUAAGAAUGGACUGUCAAGGUUCGCGACCGAAGUUAACAGUAACUGCAGAAAGCUUGCUAUAAACUAAGGCUCCGUCCACACGGAUUCAGACCUUUUUGAAACCGGAUUCGUGUGGACGGGCCUUAACCCUCUCUGGGCAGCGGUUUCAAACAGAUGCGAUUUCGGUGAGCGGAGUCACUGGUUUUGUGUUGACGAAAGGCCGAUUGGUGUAAACUCAGUAUGUAGUUUCUGAAAAAUAUCCGGAUUCAUUGGUGUGGACAGGGCCUUAGUCCACGUCCCCACGAAUUCGGAAAUUUUUGAAACCGCAUAUUUGUUUAUGCGGAUUCGUGUGGACGGGGCCUUAAACCACUCUGGAGAGCGCUUUAAAAACAAUGCGGUUUCGAUGAGUGAAUUGACUGGUUUCGUGUGGACAGAUGGCCGAUUCGUGUAAGAAAAGUAUACGGUUUCAAAAAAUCUAGAAUCGUGUGGACAUAAGACGGCGAAAGCAUCGACAGCAUUAAAACAAACAUUAGAAGUAAUGCGAAAUACGGGCUGCAUUUGUAUCACACUUCUGGUGCAUUUCUUUGUCGUCCUUUGCACAUAAGUAGGUAGACUUGCUGCAAGUCGACCUUUUGGCGAGCGGAGCAAGCCUUUUUAGGCCGCGAAGCGGCCGACCGAGCGACGAAGUCGCGAGAGCUUCGUCCCGCGUCAUAUUAAAUCAGACGAAGGACUUUAUUGAAAGUCUAAUAAGUGGGGACCUUAAAGGUGAUGUUGCACGGGACGAUUCGCAACGACCAUUUUUAACGCAACACAGGGUUCAAAUGUUAAAACAAUAUUGCAGCCAUUCGAAACAAUGAAAUAACAAUGUUGUAAGGCUGUGUGGCGCUAGAAAUCGUCGUCGCGAAUCGUCCCGUGUAACAUCACCUUAAGAUACGGGGGCGGCGACGGUGAAGAAAGCAUCGCUUCAAAGGUGAACUCGCUUUCCUUUAUAAUCUUACUUCGCGAUUAUGACAACUCUCUUACCUUGCCAAAUGUAGGCGAACUUACCUUCCUGGUGUUGAAUUUCUACGAGCCAUAUGCAAGUUCAGAAAAAAAAAUGUCGUCGCUUGCAUACGUCCUCUAUAAAACAUGCAAGUAGGCAUUUUCACGUCGUAGUCGUGCAGUGACGGCAUUGAAAUGUACAAAAAAGUGUGCUGCACGUGCAAGGUUGUUGGUGUUUUGCUAAUUAGAGCUAGGCCUGUGGCCUUUUUGACGUUCUCGUUGCUGGCAACGAUGACGGCGACGCCAAUGAGAACGACAAAAAAGCCAGUGGGUUUAAGUUAACAAAACAAGAACUUUAUUGUACACUUCUUUUGCCGUUGUUGCACGAAGGUGGAGUAACCAAUAUACGAAAUUUAUAAGCUGCAAAAUUGACUUCCCGUUUUUACUUCCGACUUUUUCUCACAGUCCCCUAUUUUUUCUUAAGAUUAUUAGGAUCGAACGCUUACCAGUACCCGUCCCCCGACCCCUAAGUAGAUUUGACGCUUGUUGCAUCCAAGAUAGCCACCGGUGAUGCAAAGCGCUCGAUUUCGAUUGACGAUCGUACGGGAAAAUAGGGGACUGUGAACAGUCUUUUGAGGAAGAAGCUGCUCUAGAGGGGUAUUGGUUCUUUCCUUCUUGAUUGGAUGCUAAGAUUACCCCCAGCCACCUUUUAAAAAUCAAACUUUAGUGUGUGACUUUCCUAGCAACGCAAUCCUCAGUUUCUUAGACCCUUGGUGAAGAGGGACCCAUAUGUUGUCUUGCUGAGAGAGUGGUAACUGUACUAUUUUAACAAAUUUGAUUUCUGUCAGAGACUGGUGGAAUUCUUCUCUCUCCAAGACCCGCCCCAGAUGAGUCACCCGUGAAACCAGAGUUCCCCACGAGGCCCUUUUUCGGGGUAGAGCCUGUUAUAUUGGAUGAAAAGGUACAUUGUAAGUGUGAUUUAAGGGUGGUUUUACAAUGACAUGUUACUUUACUUUAUCCCUACUAUUCGUCGCUCUGCUCCACACACACUUCUGAAAACGUUGCACGCACCGCCGCAAGCUACAAAUCCGAAAUCAAAUAGUCUGGACAUGGUGCUAGUAGACAUGCGCUUUAGUUUCAUUCCAGGGAAUACUUCCUGCCAUGUUUCAUCAUGUUUGUGGACAUCACACUACAAGGCUGCUUUCUCUCCUCCGAAGAGGCUCCCGCUGGGUACCGUAAAUGACCUAAUAAACGCCCACUUCCAAAUAGACGCCUAUUAUCUAUUGAAUGCCCCCUCUACGCUGUUAGAAUUAUAUUGGACGCCCCUCUCUAGUAAACGCCCCCUCUCUAGUGGACCCCCCCUCUGAGAAUUACUCCAAAAUACUAGUAAGUAGCAAAUAGGAACAAAAUCAUUGAAUUCUUUAAGGUUCUUGCUUGGUUAACAUAAAAAGGGCUUUGUGUAUUUGAUCUUGCUUAAUGUCAAUUCAAAGUAAGGAUAGACUAACGAUGGCAACACAGUAAACCUUGAGCGAGGAUUCUGAUAUCAAUGUUGGUAUUUGAGAGAGCGAUAUGGAUCUCUAGAGGAUCUAGACGUACCAACUGAUAGAGUGGAUAUUCCGCUAUUUUUAAACUCUCUUAAUAUUGAUAUUUUUGCCGAAAGCAUUUUAGUUUUGUUGAGCUUGUUACAGUUAUCAGAAUAAACGCCUCUUUUUUAAGAGCCUCCUGUCUAUUAAACGCCCCCGCUUGGAUCCCUAAAAUUAAAUAGACGCCCUGGGCGUUUAUUAGUUCAUUUACGGUAUACAAUGAAGGAAAAUAACAAAAAAUAAAAGGUAAGAGCGGUAGACGAUGGGAAGAGGGAAAAGGCGGGAUCUUUCCUCUUCCCAUCGCUACCCGCGCGCUUUUAUUUUUCCCUCUCCCCAGGCUCUCUACGACACAACGAGGCCUCUGCGGAGGAGAGAGGCGAAGUCGGUCAUCGGGCACUGUCCAACUAAAAUUUGUUAAUGUCCGACGAAAUCCUACCUGCGGCUAGACAUGAUGAGCGCACAGAUCUAGUACGAACAGGAUAAUUAAGAAAGACAGUUAUAAAGAUAAUACCCAAGACUAUCAUUUUGUAGCAGAUGUUUUGCAUACUAGUUCUUUUAAAGCAGUUGUUAUUACAAUAAGCCAACCAAAUGUUUGUUACUCCUUAGUAACCGUUGCCAUGGCAACUCAUUGCAAACAUAAGAUCAUGAAUGUUUCAUUUUUCACCAUGAAGUGUUUAUCUCAGAAAGUUUGAAUUGAAAUGGACAGAUAAAUCGAGAGAAAGGCUUUGAAUAUUUAUGUUUUAUGAUUUCAGGGACAAAAUUUCUCCUCACCCACCACCCGUAAAACAGCCCAUUCUCUCGAUAACGCUCAAGUUUCAUGUCAGGAAACAGACCAAUUACAACUUAGGACACCCUAAGCUUUAAUAUGAUACCAAGGAAGUUAUCUCCCGUAAUGGGUGCUGCGAAACUGCAUUUUUAGCCACUUCUCACAAAAUACCUGGUGGACUGUUGCAGGCCCGCACUGUGCGCGAUCUUUGUUUUUAUAGACCUUAUUAUACUGCUUUUUUUCUUUCAGGGCCGAGAGUUAAUCGGAAAUGACGUCAAAGGUGCCCUCUGUAUCCGUACAUCUAUUCCCAGCAUGUCACGUACCGUAUAUGGUCAUCAUCAACGCUAUCUGGACACCUACUACAAUCCUUUUAAAGGUGUGGGCUCUUCAUGUAAAAUUGAUUAAGGGAAUCCUAAUCAGGGUUCGUACAGGUCACGGAAAACCUGGAAAGUCAUGAAAUUUAAGAAUUUCAUUUUCCAGGCCUGGAAAGUGAUGGAAUUUAAUUGUCGGUCCUUGAAAGUUAUGGAAAAGUACUUUGGUAGAUUAGUCACUGCAGAUGUUAUUACUAAGCGAGGUCAAAAAAUAUUCUAAAACAAGGAAAAUGUUUAGAAACUUUUAACGUGACAGCUAAAUCUAUGGUCAUGGAAAACUUGGAAAGGUCAUGAAAAAAGUCAUGGAAAGUUAUGGAAUUUGAAGAGCUCAAAGGAGUACGAACCUUGCAUAAUGUAAAUGGCUUUCGAAACUGUGGGAGUUGCGAUCUUGUUUACAGUAUUCGACACCUGAGUAGUAUAGAGCGUGUGUUUCACUUCAAUUAAGCCCGAUGGCGUCAUUGCUCAUAUUAGCGCGGAAGGAUUUUGAGGGAAUACGUAAGCACCUAUGACGUCAUUGCUCGUAAAUACAGUACGUGCGAACUCGAGGUUACAUUAGCAGCGUAGAAGGAUGGAAUUAAGAGGUUUUACUUGAGGUUUCACUUCUAAGUGAUGUUAAAACUACUUUGCCUUCACCCUCACAAACAUGUAACCAGGAAACUUUAUGUCGGAACUUGCGUUACGGUUCGGUGAAUUUUUAGUGACAUGAGACGAAAGCAAUAGACUGUCACGUUAUAUGCCUUAAUUUAUUGUCCUUUUUCUGAUGAAAUUCCUCGUAGAAACUAGAGUAACACAGGCGAAAAUCUUACCAAGUGAACAAACCGCAAGUAAUAUCUAAAAUCCUCAUCAGCGCUGACGUUUGUUACUUUUUAGGUUUCUAUUUUACUGGCGAUGGAGCCUUGCGUGACAUCGACGGUGACUACAGAAUCACGGGAAGGAUGGAUGACGUCAUCAACGUGAGCGGCAAGCGGCUAGGAACAGCGGAAAUCGAGGAUGCCUUGGUAACUGGUGAUGUUUGUUGGACUGGAUCCCAAACAUCACUUAUUUACUUAUCUGUUUUUUUUAUUAUUUAUUUUUAACCCAGGAUAACCACGAGGCAGUAGCUGAGACAGCUGUCGUGGGCUUCCCACAUCCAAUUAAAGGAGAAGGUAAGAACGUACUUUUUACUGCAAGCGUGCUUCCACAUGGCAGAUAAAGGAUUUAAUGCUGAUAUUCCUGCAGUCAGAAAUGUCUUUCUUCGCCGCCUCGAUUAGUUUCUUGGUCAUUUGCGGGUGAGAUUAUUAUGUAAUUAUUUAUACUAGUUGAAUUUCUAUAAACAUUUGUAUUAUUUUUUGUUGUAUGGCCAAUCAAUCAGUGAAAUCUUUUCCAGCAAACGUAUGUUUUACUUGAGCUUCUUAUUCACUGUCGAAGUCAAAAUCUAAAGAGCGUUCUACGUCAUUUGGCCACAAAUUGCAAUUGUUUUCAGAUGCUUCUUUACUAUGAGCCGCUGAGUGACAGCAGACUCAAAUAUUUCGAACUUUUUGGAGUUUUUCUUGGUGUCGCGGAAACCAUUGUUGGUUCGCUGUUGUGUUGUGGGUUUGGGUAUUGUUCAGUGUCUUGCCAAUCUUUUGUGUGACGUCAUUUGGUAAUUGUACCCAUCUGCAACACCGAAAAACCGCCAAUCUUUCCGAGUAAAAGCCAAAUAUGGGGUGCCGAACGCUGGUCGUGUUCGAAGUGCGUAUACUUACAUAUUUUUUGCUGACUGGCACUCAUCAAAUAUCUACUACAGAGGUACACUUGUCUGUUAGCUACAACAGUAGUGUAUUGUUCUUUUUGCUCCAACCAGUCGUUUCUUUGAGCAGAUUAAAGCUGAAGAUCUCGCGACUCGUACUGGGGGUACAGCUGCGAACUCAAAUGUAAUGUUGUAAUUCACUAGGUUCCUAAAUUGUAUUUUGUAGGUGUUUAUGCUUAUGCAAUUUUGAAAGACGAGGCUGUUGUGUCACCAGAAGAGUUGAGAAAAGAUUUGAAGGCUAUUGUCCGACAGAAGAUAGGCUCUUUCGCCGUACCUGACGUUAUCCAGGUGAGUUCGAGACCAAAAAACCGUAGUGACUGUUCGAAACAAACUGUCAUAGAGUCGUGAAGAAAAUGAGACGCGAAGCUAAGAUGGUCGUGCAAUGACGGAUACAAUUGUAUCCGGCAUUGCAUGACCAUCUGCAAAAAGAUAGUUGAAGGUGAUUUUGCAAGUCAUUCUAAGCGGGGGAAUCAACCUCGUUCCCAGGGUCCUCUCCUACUCGUAACGAGGUUGCGGAAAAACAUGCAACUGUUGCUGUGCACAGAAAAACAUGCAGCGGGUUAAACGUGGGAACACAUGCAACCCCAAUGUCAUGCGCUGAUGUGCAGCUGGUAUAAAGCGCGGGAAAACAUGCAAAUUUUGUCUCAUUUUCUGAGGGGAAAAGUCCUGGGAACGAACCAAAAGGAAAAGUGUUUGGUGCCGGUAGAGAGCGCGCGCGCAUAAAAUAUACAGUUAUCUUUACCCAACGUGGGAAAAAGCACGUGAUCCGAGAAUGCACCUGACCAAGUUCUACAUGUUUUAUUUUUUUUCGUUAGGUGGUGUCAGGUCUUCCGAAGACCCGAUCAGGAAAGAUCAUGCGCCGCAUAUUGAGAAAGGUUGCUGCUGAUAAACCCGAUGAGCUUGGUGACGUUUCCACCUUAGCUGAUCCGUCAGUGGUGGAAGAAAUUGUACGACAGCAUCUUGAAAUUACACAAGAAAUUAGGGCCAAAUACGGCGAAUAG